AUGGUCCAAUACAGCAUUAGAAGCACAGACAACACCACCAAGGGCCGCCUAGCUCUAGUGACAGGGGCGAGUGGUGGCAUAGGCUCAUCCGUUGCCCAUGCUCUCGCCGCAGAGGGCUGCGAUGUCGCACUACACUAUUCGUCAAGUCAGGCGAAGGCGGAUGCUCUGGCUCAAGAGCUGCGCGAUAAGUAUCCAUCGCAGCUCUUCGUCCCCUUCCAGGCCGACCUCUCCUCGAGGGAAUCGACCCGGAACCUGGUGCCUAGCAUCUUCGCCAACGGCGAGGUCGCGCAGAAGCACAAGGCCGUCUCGGUGCUCGUCGCCAACGCCGGCCUCGGUCGCCGGAUCCGCGACCCGGCGGACAUUGGCGAAGACGACUGGGACGAGAUGAUGGAGGUCAACGCCCGCAGCCAGUUCGUCGUGACAAAGGCCUGCCUGCCCGGCAUGCGCGCUCAGGGGUGGGGCCGUGUCGUUCUCGUGGGCAGCAUUGCAAGCCGCGGUGGGGGGAUCAACGGGUGCCACUACGCCGCUACCAAGGGCGCUCUCUGCUCAAUGGGUCUUAAUUUGGCCACGUUCUUGGCACCGGAGGGUGUUACCGUGAAUAUUGUGCUGCCCGCCAUGAUUGGGGCCACUGGCAUGAUUGCCACUCCGAAAUCAACAACCUGGGAUAGUAAAGAUGACCUUGAGGAGUUGAGGUCCACAGAUCCGGGGCUGGCCAUUGCUGCCAGCGUCCCGGUCCACAGAUUAGGCGCUCCCGAGGAAGUGUCAAACGUUGUCGUAAUGUUUGUCAAGACUGGAUAUCUUACUGGCCAAGAGCUGGUCCUCGCCGGCGGAUUGAAAUGA